CUUAUCGGGGGGCUUCUUUGCCUGCUGCAUCCUGACCGCGAUUAUUAUAAAGUACUUGGAUUCUCUGGGCUUCCGAGGAGCGAUGCAAGCGGCGGCGACUCUCUUCUCCGCGAAGCCCCUCGCCCCGCCUCCGGCGAUACCCCGCGUGCGAUCGCAGUACAAGCCCGCCAUUAGCGUCCCUUCGACCACCUCCACGUCCGAAUCCAUGGCCGCCAAGUGGGCUCAGAAGACCGUCGUCAUCCCUCCACAGAGGCGAGGCUGCCAUCUCGUAACCUCCAAGAUAACGAGGGAGAUUGAGCAAGAUCUAUCGGAUUUCAAAUGCGGGCUUGCUCAUUUUUUCUUGCAGCAUACAAGUGCUUCUCUGACCAUAAAUGAGAACUAUGACUCCGAUGUUCAGGAUGACACUGAAACCUUCCUUAACCGGAUUGUUCCAGAGGGGCGAUCUGCACCUUGGAAGCAUACAAUAGAAGGACCUGAUGACAUGCCAGCACAUAUUAAGUCUUCGAUGUUUGGUUGCGCCCUGACGAUUCCAAUUACCGAUGGCCGUCUCAAUAUGGGAACUUGGCAGGGAAUAUGGCUGUGUGAGCAUCGGGAUCAUGCUACUGCUCGAAAAAUUGUGGUUACUCUUAAUGGGAUAUAAAUGUUAGAGAAAAAAAUUUCAAACUUGACUGCAAUCUGAAAACUCUGCUGGUAGAUAUGAUUUUUGCAUAAAUAAGUCAGAUAAUGAUCUCUGCAACUUUGUACAAUUAUUCCGUCAUCUUAUCUCUUUCUUAGUUUUGUGUCUUAAUUAUUGGGUAUUUUUUGUGCAAGUAUAGUUUUUUUCUAA